AUGCAAGGCGAGAUCGACCACUUUACGCCAUCCCCGAAAGCGAAGAGACUCGCUCGAGAUGCAGCUGCUCGACGACGCGACCACUCGGGAUCCUGUGACGAUACACUGGAACGGCCCAUCAGGCGCCUUCAACUGCUGCAGAGACUGGCUCUUGACAUGGAGGAAGAAGAGAAUACCGCGGAGAAGCUGUUCCGAACUUUCGACCUUAGUUUGGGCGAUGCAAGUGUUGCUCCAAAAGCAGAAGGAACGCCAGAUGACCUAGCUGCAGAGAUGUCUACGCUUUUCUGCUCCACUGAUCUCGCCGACACCGGUGCAGCAUGUUCUGGGCUUUCACCGUCUCGCUGCGCAUGCGAGGAAGCGAGGUUGAACACACCCGCGACAGAAAAAAGAAACUCCUACCUGUCGACUCCUAUGAGGAUGCAGUACUUCCCUACGCUGAGCCCUACGAUUCUAAAAAUGCUCCUUCGGACGCCGCCUGACUAUUCCCCAAGUGCAAGCUGGGGCGAUAGGUCAAAUACCACUGACCAUCACGUCUCUCCCGUCAAGCCCAAAGAGGAGCCUUCGAGCACCGGAGAGCGAGAUGAUCCUUUCUGGACCUCGGAAGAUUGCACCGUCCCCGCGUCCGCUAGUCAGGGACAAUGGCUGUCGACUGAAAUGACCGGAAUGCCUUUGACACCUCCACCGAGCGCUCGCCUCCCCGGCUCCCGCAGGUUCUCAGGUGCGGCUCAGGACAAGGUCCCGGAGCGUGGUCUUUAUGUAAAAGACUCGCAACAUGAUUCUCCUGCUGUGGUGCCCGCUAUUGUUCACACUGCGGCUUCUUCUCCUGGUCGUCUUUGUCCGUCUUCGAGCGUUACCCUGGAUGACGAGCGCGCAGUGCAAUACCCCCUUCUCUCUCCUACCACCCUCAGGCAUUUCCUGUAUGUCAUUGACGAGUUGAAGAGCCUCCACGGAGACCCCGACGAGAGACAACAGCUGUUGCGCCAACACCUGCGAACCUCGACAUCGGCCCCAGCAGAGCUCUCUUCCUCUCCUAUAUGCCCUAACAGCACUCCAGGACGCAAGACACAUCGCUCCAGGUCUCCGCUCAUCCCUCCGGAUCUACAGCACGAGUCGGCGCUAAACCAGGAAUUCGCCGCCCUUCUAUUGGCCCAAGCGAUCGAGGAAGAGCAGCAAGCAGGGGAGCUCAGGAAGAUCGCGGACCGCCUCGACCGGGUCGCCUUGACUCGGCGGCGACUGGCUGGCGUGACAAUUGCGAAGACAGCAGGUAUGAAUGGCCGACCGAAGAGGGAGUAG